AUGGCGCUGCGUGCUUCAUUCUUGAGAGACAGGCACAUCUUCGUUCGCGGAGAGGACAUGGUUACCAUUCUCAAAGGUCUCGGAGCUAGAGAAGACGACUUCGAACUCGUCAAGCAAAUCAGCAAUCUAACCGGACCCGAUCCGACCCUCGACUACCGCACAGUGACAUAUGGACGUUAUUGCAUCGACCCUGAAACACGCAGCAUACGAAGAUUCGCCGCCCAGCCAUACACACUGACAGUCCAAGAAGACUACAAACGUCAUGACUCCGGUAUACCACGAAUGUUCGACGAAACACCGCUCGAAAUGCAAGGCAAUACAGUCGUGCAAGCCCUCAUGCUAUUCAAAGCGCUCAUCUUCCAAAACGUGCCCAUCACGCCACGCGCCGGAUUAGACUACUCUUCCCCAUCCUGGGUGUGCACCAUGUUCAACGCGCGCACGCACACAGCCGCAAACAGCGGCAUAUUCGGCGAACCCGCGCUCGAAGGCGUGCACAGUGACGGCAGCGACUUUACCAUGACUGUCUUCCUCGGCAGCACCAACAUGCGCGCCGACAGCGCCGUGACCUUCAUGCACGCCAAUGAAGAAACAACAGGCGUGCAGACGUGCGAAACGCAGCCUACUAACAUCCGAGCGCGCGUGCAUCAUCAGGCGUUUCUGGACUUGCUGCUCUUUGCGGACCAUGACUUCAAGCAUAGCGUUACGUCGGUGCACCAGGCGGAUGCGGGCGCGCCGGCGACGAGGGACAUGUUGGUUGUGUUCACGCGUAGGCCGAAGCUUGACGCGCAUGUUUCGGGAUAUGCAGAUAGUAUGGAGCUGCAUGCUACUGAGCCGUUGCAUUUGCCAAUGUGGCUGCCUUGA